ACAUUUAACUCUGGUGACAGCAAGAGCACACACCUCUCUCACAUCAGUGCUCGGUGCGGUUUUGACAAGGACCACUCUGAUAGUUUAAAUCGGUUCAUCGUUGAGAAAAGUCGCGGGAAAACUUACCUGAAGAUGAUAUGAGGAUCGCUGCUCAGGAAUAUCAGGAUUCUUGAAUUAAGAUGGGAUGUGUCAAAACUGUUUGUAAAGGCAUAGCGCUUCUGUUCCUUGUCUUUCUCCAGGUGUUGAAUGGAGAGAACAAUUUCACAACAGCCACUGCAACUACAAUGUAUUUUUUAACUGAGUCUCCAACAUUAGCAGCUACAACAUCCCCUGUCACAACAAGCAUUUCUUCAACUGACCCUCAAACAUCUUCUGAAACAACUUCUACAACAUCCACUGUCACUACAACCAUUUCUUCAACUGACUCACAAACACCUACUCCUUCUACAACACCCCCUGCCACUACAAGCAGUACUUCAACUGACUCAAAACCAUCAACUAUAUCAUCAUCCACUGUCACUACAACCAUUUCUUCAACUGACUCACAAACACCUACUCCUUCUACAACACCCCCUGCCACUACAAGCAGUACUUCAACUGACUCAACACCACCAACUAUAUCAUUACCCCCUGCCACUACAAGCAGUACUUCAACUGACUCAACACCACCAACUAUAUCAUCAUCCACUGUCACUACAACCAUUUCUUCAACUGACUCACAAACACCUACUCCUUCUACAACGCCCCCUACCACUGCAAGCAGUACUUCAACUGACUCAACACCACCAACUAUAUCAUCAUCCACUGUCACUACAACCAUUUCUUCAACUGACUCACAAACACCUACUCCUUCUACAACGCCCCCUACCACUGCAAGCAGUACUUCAACUGACUCAACACCACCAACUAUAUCAUCAUCCACUGUCACUACAACCAUUUCUUCAACUGACUCACAAACACCUACUCCUUCUACAACGCCCCCUACCACUGCAAGCAGUACUUCAACUGACUCAAAACCACCAACUAUAUCAUCAUCCACUGUCACUACAACCAUUUUAUCAACUGCUUCUACAAGUGAGACACCUACACUUACUCCUUCUACAACACCCCCUGCCACUACAAGCAGUACUUCAACUGACUCAACACCACCAACUAUAUCAUCAUCCACUGUCACUACAACCAUUUCAUCAACUUCUUCUACAAGUGAGACACCUACACCUACUCCUUCUACAACACCCCCUGCCACUACAAGAAGUACUUCAACUGACUCAACACCACCAACUAUAUCAUCAUCCACUGUCACUACAACCAUUUCAUCAACUGCUUCUACAAGUGAGACACCUACACCUACUCCUUCUACAACACCCCCUGCCACUACAAGAAGUACUUCAACUGACUCAACACCACCAACUAUAUCAUCAUCCACUGUCACUACAACCAUUUCAUCAACUGCUUCUACAAGUGAGACACCUACACCUACUCCUUCUAAAACACCCCCUGCCACUACAAGAAGUACUUUAACUGACUCAACACCACCAACUAUAUCAUCAUCCACUGUCACUACAACCAUUUCAUCAACUGCUUCUACAAGUGAGACACCUACACCUACUCCUUCUACAACACCCCCUGCCACUACAAGAAGUACUUCAACUGACUCAACACCACCAACUAUAUCAUCAUCCACUGUCACUACAACCAUUUCAUCAACUGCUUCUACAAGUGAGACACCUACACCUACUCCUUCUAAAACACGCCCUGCCACUACAAGAAGUACUUUAACUGACUCAACACCACCAACUAUAUCAUCAUCCACUGUCACUACAACCAUUUCAUCAACUGCUUCUACAAGUGAGACACCUACACCUACUCCUUCUACAACACCCCCUGCCACUACAAGAAGUACUUCAACUGACUCAACACCACCAACUAUAUCAUCAUCCACUGUCACUACAACCAUUUCAUCAACUGCUUCUACAAGUGAGACACCUACACCUACUCCUUCUAAAACACCCCCUGCCACUACAAGAAGUACUUUAACUGACUCAACACCACCGACUAUAUCAUCAUCUCCUGUCAAUUCAACCAUUUCUUCACCUGACUCACAAACACCUACACCUACACCUACAAAACCCUCUCAUACUGGUCUGAUUGUUGGCUUAGUUUUUGGACUAAUCUGCAUUCUCUUGAUUAUCACUCUCCUUGUCUUCUUCUAUUCAAGAAGACAAACAAAAAAACAAUGUCCUGACAUCCCUCUACACAACACUAGUAAUUGUGGUAUAAGAAUAGAAGAUUAUGAAGAGUAUUUUAAGCGGAAACAUGCAGAUUCCAACUGUGGUUUUGCUGAAGAGUAUGAGGAUUUGAAAUCUGUUGGAACUGCGCAGUCAAAGAACGCCGCUCUGUCUAUUGAAAACAAGGCAAAGAAUCGUUACACAAAUGUUUUACCUUAUGAUUCUUCAAGAGUGAGAUUAUCAAUGUGUGGCAACCCCUUUGAUGACUACAUCAAUGCCAACUAUAUUCCAGGCUACAAUUCAAGAAAAGAGUUUAUAGCGGCACAGGGUCCGUUGCCCGUCACAGUGAAUGAAUUCUGGAGAAUGAUCUGGGAGAAGAACGUCUACAGCAUAGUGAUGCUGACCAGAUGCAACGAGCAGGGACGGGUGAAAUGUGAGAAGUACUGGCCAUCCGAGACGAAUCAUUAUCAUAACAUCUCAGUGACGACCACCUCGGAUAUAUCACUGGACAGCUGGACCAUAAGAGACUUCAGUAUCAAAAAUGUGAAAACGGCAGAAAUUCGCAACGUACGCCAGUUCCACUUCACAGCGUGGCCGGAUCAUGGAGUUCCAGAGACCACUGAAGUCCUCAUUGAUUUCAGACACCUGGUGAGGGAACACAUGGACCAGUACUCACGCAAUUCUCCAACUGUGGUGCAUUGCAGUGCUGGUGUGGGAAGAACAGGGACCUUCAUUGCCAUUGACCGACUGAUUUUCCAGAUUGAAAGAGAAAGCAUGGUGGACAUCUUCGGAAUUGUUAAUGAUAUGCGCAUGCACAGGGCUCUUAUGGUCCAGACUGAGGAGCAGUAUGUUUACCUCCAUCAGUGUGCGCACGACAUCAUUCGAUCAAGAACCGGAACCAACGUGGACUUAAUUUACCAGAACAACGAAGCACUAAAUAUCUAUCAGAAUGUAAAAUAUUUAAAACUGUAACUGUAUACAGCCUGAAGAUGGCCCUCAGGGCGUAUUUAAAAGAGCAUUUUUAAAUUUACUUAAAAAAUAAUGAAAUUCACACUUUGCAUUUACAGUAGUUUGACUGUAAUUUAUUUUCUUGCACAAAAGCCAUUUUUAAAGAAAUAUAUAUAGGAGAUUACACUGGAAAGAAUGCAACAUGUUCUAUGUUAAUUUUGGAGUAAACAGCAAAUAACGUGGAAGUAAUUGUAUUUAUAUUUCAAUCAAGAGAUCUUUAUUUUUUUACUGUGAAAUGUCCAAAAGGAUUAUUUGAAUAUUUUACAUGAUAUAUUUUCUGUAAUAUCAAAAACCUGUACAUGUUAGUACUGACAGGAUUGUAUCUGCUCAUUGAGGCAUCCAUGAGAUCCCAUGGUUUAUAAAAUUUCUAUCUCUUCAAUGUUAUUUAAAGGAACAUACAGUAUCUUACAGUAUAUAACCAUUUAGAGCAGUAACAAAAUGAUUUUUCUUCUCCCCUCCCCAAGAUGCACUCUCAACCUGUCAAUGCACAUGAAAUGUGAAUGUGUUUGUUUUGUUUUAGAGAGAAAGUAAGUAUAGAAAGUAAGAAAGUAUGACAUUUUUGUUGUUAUUAUUAUGGUGUUGUUGUUGUUUAAGGAUGUAGCUGUGUGCCCAAAGUUCAACCUGCUGUACUGGAUAUGAGCAUUUGCUUGAGAUUUGUCAUUUAUGUUAUAGAUACUGUAGUUUCAACUUCUAAUUUGAUUAGACAAGCAGCAUUCCUAGAGCGCUAAUAUUUGGUAUACAAGUGCAGCUAUACAAACUCCCAAAUUAUGUCUGAAAUGUAAGUAACUCUAUAUUAUAUUAUGCUAUAUUUACUGCACUUUGUUGAAUGAAAAGUGAUUACACCGCAACUGUAAUGUUAUUAAACUUAGCAGCUGUGAUUACCCACACUCUUACUUGUGUGAUAUUGCUUAAAUAUAUUUUAUAAAGCAUUGUUAAGCCAUUUUUAUUGUUUAUACCUUUCUAUGAUCAACACUUGCAAUUGUUUUGUUUUUGAACAAUAGUUGCACUAGAAUCUCUGUGGCCCACUUACAUUUCCCACUGGUCCCUUCAAGCAAAAAUACUUUCAUUUGUCUCUUGCUUUUAUAUCCUUUGUGAACAUAUUUGUGUGUAUGGACGUUAUUUAUGAAGACUUGCAUACAGUGUCUUUAUCUAAUUUUGGUUUUAACUAAUGAUAAUAGAUAAUGAAUCAGAUACAUGCCGAAAACAAUGACCACAAAAUAAAUGACAAAUAAAUGCAUUUUUAAAAAUA